UUGGUCGGUGAUUUCUCCCGCUCUGUGAUUGGCUGCAGGAUCCUGAAGCAGUACGACCACCCGAACAUCGUGAAGCUGAUUGGCGUUUGCACGCAGAGACAGCCGAUCUACAUCGUCAUGGAGCUGGUUCCCGGUGGAGACUUCCUGUCCUUUCUGAGGAAGAAGAAGGACGAGCUGAAGACCAAGCAGCUGGUUCGCUUCUCCGUAGACGCUGCUGCCGGCAUGGCGUACCUAGAGAGCAAGAACUGCAUCCACAGGGACCUGGCAGCGAGGAACUGUCUGGUGGGAGAAGGCAGCGUGUUGAAGAUCAGUGACUUUGGGAUGAGUCGUCAGGAGGACGACGGCAUUUAUUCCUCAUCGGGACUCAAACAGAUCCCCAUCAAGUGGACGGCUCCAGAGGCCCUGAACUACGGUCGUUACAGCUCUGAUAGUGACGUGUGGAGUUAUGGGAUCCUGCUGUGGGAGACUUUCAGUCUGGGGGUGUGUCCUUAUCCUGGGAUGACCAAUCAGCAAGCCCGAGAGCAGGUGGAGAAAGGUAAACAAAGAGCUCGUAACAAUCAAACACUUUAUUAAUUGUUAGAAAUAAAAUGACCACUUACAGAUAGUUAUAGUAGAAUGGAAUUAUGUGGCGUCGUCUUGUCUUCUGAUGCAUGACAUGUCUCUGUCCUCAGCGUUGCCCUGACGACGUGUACAAAGUGAUGCAACGCUGUUGGCAGUACAAUCCUGAGGAACGACCAAAGUUCUCCGAUCUGCAGCGAGACCUCGCCGCCAUCAAGAAGAAGUGAUGACAUCAUCAAACGAACUCGCCGCCAUCAAGAAGAAGUGAUGACAUCAUCAAACGAACUCGCCGCCAUCAAGAAGAAGUGAUGACAUCAUCAAACGAACUCGCCGCCAUCAAGAAGAAGUGAUGACAUCAUCAAACGAACUCGCCGCCAUCAAGAAGAAGUGAUGACAUCAUCAAACGAACUCGCCGCCAUCGAAAAGAAGUGAUGACAUCAUCAAACGACCUCGCCGCCAUCAAGUGAUGACAUCAUCAAACGACCUCGCCGCCAUCAAGUGAUGACAUCAUCAAACGACCUCGCCGCCAUCAAGAAGUGAUGACAUCAUCAAAUGACCUCGCCGCCAUCAAGAAGUGAUGACAUCAUCAAACGACCUUGUCGCCGUUAACCAUAAGCAAUGACAUCGUCACACAGCCUCAAUGCCAUGAAGAUGUGAUGACAUCACACGAUUGUGCUGCCAUCAAGAACAGGUGAUGACAUCAACUUGUCCUCAUCAAAUUGAAUUAAUUAUUGAUGGGAGAUGGGCGUGGUCAAUAUGUGGGUGUGGUCACUACGUGGGUGUCCUCAAACAUCUACAAACCCAAAAAUUAAACAUUUAGCUGCUGAGUGUUUGAGCUCAUUAAACUUCUGGGAUAACACUACUAAUGGGUCGGAAUGACGUUAGCACGGAUGUAGCUAGCUAUGUUAGCAUCUAUAAAUGUAUUACAAAUUGUCAGUUGAGCAAAACGUUUUUAAAAACCCUGUCGGUAAAUCAGAUAGAGCUUAGCAUGUGCUGUAGCCGCAGGUUGUUAGCAUGUUAGCACAUUGUUAGCAUGGUACAACAUGUUCAGUUACAUUUUCUUCUGUGCAUCAACACAUUUUGAGAAAAAGAAAAAUUUUUUGGAAGAGCUGCUCAAGUCCUAAACUACAUUUGAUUAGCACGCUAGCAGUCAUGCUAGCUAGGCUGUCAGCCUCAGUCACAUGACCUCUCGGUGAUGAUGUUCCCUGAGGUUACUUCUUGUCUUCCGCUUCCUCGUCUUCCGGAGCUCAACGACAACAACUUCAAAUCAAACCGCCUCAAUCAAGACGGAACAAAAGAGAGGAAGUGGAAUUACUUAUAAAUGAAACCAGAUUAAAGGUCUUUGUCUGUAUCAAUCUCACAUCAACUUAACUAAUCUAUCGUUUUAUUUUGAAAGACCCCUCUGGUUUCCUGUCCGCUUUAACUUGUGAAAGAGAAAGAGUGGAAAUCUGUCCCGUCACCCGUCACUACCGUAACCAGGGCAACGGCUUGGACUCUAAAACCCUUUCCACUGCUGAGGAAAAAUCAGCUGUUAACACUAAAUAGUUUGUUUUUUACAGUUUAAUUUAUUAUGUUUUUAUGAUUUUAACAACUCUUAGAUUCUCUGACGGCUCAAAUGUCAGAAAAAACUAAAUAACAAACUGAGGUGAAUCCAGUGUUUCCCCAAAGUUUACAACAGUUGGAAUCUGAGGAAGAACUGACCGUUAUUUUCAAAAUAACAGCUGUGAAUCAUCGCGCAGACCACGCCCACUCCGACCAAUUUGUUUUUUAGGAUUUUUUUGGACCAAUCAGACUCCAAAUAUUUUGUUGAUUUUUAUUGUUUCUAAACCAAAGUUAACAUUUGUCUGAUGGAAUCGUUUCCAAAACAAUUCUAUAUAAAAUCAUCUGCACUUACUCUGUUGGUUUCCUGGUUGUCAUGGAAACUGAAAAGACGUUCUGUAAUUAAUCGUGAGUCCUGAUUGGUCAGAAUAACUCUGGACCGUGUGAGGGCUUAAAUGUUAGUGAUGUCAGAGCUCCGCCUACUGUUAAUGUAAAUAAAUUUGUUUUUCUUUGAAUUUUUUGCCGUGUUCAAACACUAACCAUCUUUGUCUUUUAUAAGUUUCUUUAUGAAAAAUAUAGCAUUUAUUAUGAAAAUAAAACAAAUCAUACAAAC